GGGCCGGUGGCGGGGGGUUUAUCUGUGGCGGGGGCGGCGGGCGGGCGGGCAGCGGCGGCGGGAGCGGGGCCGGGGUCGGGAUGGAGCGCGGGCGGCAGGUGGUGAACUUCGGGGCCGGGCCGGCGAAGCUCCCGCGUUCCGUAUUAUUAGAAGCACAGAAAGAAUUGGUGGACUACAAAGGACUUGGUAUAAGUGUUCUUGAAAUGAGCCAUCGGACCACAGAUUUCACAAAAAUUUUAAAUACAGCUGAAAAUCUCCUGCGUGAAUUGCUAAAUAUACCAGAAAACUACAAAGUUAUUUUUCUCCAAGGAGGUGGAUCUGCUCAGUUCAGUGCAGUCCCACUUAAUCUCAUUGGUUUAAAGGAGGGAAGACACGCAGAUUAUGUCGUUACUGGAGCCUGGUCAGCAAAAGCAGCUAAAGAAGCAGAGAAGUAUGCCAAUGUGAACAUCGUUCAUCCAAAACUAGGAGCCUAUACAUACAUUCCUGAUCCAAACACUUGGAAUCUUAAUCCAGAUGCGUCUUAUGUCUAUUACUGUGCUAAUGAGACUGUUCAUGGUGUGGAGUUUGACUUUGUACCUGAUGUCAAAGGGGCAGUCUUGGUUUGUGAUAUGUCAUCCAACUUCCUGUCCAAACCUGUGGAUGUUUCCAAGUUUGGUGUGAUUUUUGCUGGUGCUCAGAAGAAUGUUGGCUGUGCUGGAGUUACUGUUGUAAUAGUACGUGAGGACUUGCUGGGAUUUGCACUGAAAGAAUGCCCUAUCGUAUUGGAUUACAAAACACAAGCAGCGAAUGGCUCUUUGUAUAACACUCCACCGUGCUACAGUAUUUAUAUCAUGGGACUGGUACUGGAAUGGAUAAAGAAUAAUGGCGGAGCUGCAGCUAUGGAUAAACUUAGUGUAAUCAAAUCACAAAUGAUUUAUGAUAUUAUAGACAAAUCCAAUGGAUUCUAUGUAUGUCCAGUGGAGAAAAAGAACCGAAGCAGAAUGAAUGUCCCUUUCCGUAUUGGCAGUGUCACGGGCGAUGAAGCGCUGGAAAAGAAAUUUCUUGAGAAAGCUGUGGAACUUAACAUGAUAUCUCUGAAAGGGCAUCGAUCUGUGGGAGGAAUCCGUGCCUCUUUAUAUAAUGCGGUGACUGUAGAAGAUGUUCAGAAGCUUGCAGCGUUCAUGAGAAGCUUCAUGCAGAUGCAUCAUUCAUAAAUGUAUACGGGUUAAAGCCACGUUGCACGUGCAUGAUAUAAAAGCUAAAGGGUUUGAAAGUUACUGUGGUACUGCUGUAGUGCACAAGUCAUAUUCUUUCUUAGUUCCUGUAUCUAUUUUAGCUAACUGCACGGGAUUGAGGCGCAGUCUUGCAAUGACUUGGCAGCGUUGGUUUCACUGAAGGUGAGGAUCCCCAGACUGAUCAAGAUUGGUUCAAAAAUUGGCAAAACGGUAUUCUUAAUGUGUAGUUAAAACAUGAGUGGCAUUGAAAGAUGCUUCUAGUCACAUAUGACUACUUCAGCAAUGGCUUGUUCAGUAAAUUUCAGGAGGCAAGAUUUGUCAUAAACCUUCUGUAAUGCUUUACAUUUGUGACUGCACUGUGAAGCUGGAACUAAUGUUAAGUGUUCUCUAAGGGUAUCUAGUUAAACCAGCAGUAUUUAGGAGUUAAUAUGUGUGUUCCUAACUUGAGGACAUUGCCUUCAGACAUCUGCUCCCAUGCUUGAAGUACUGUCGUAACAUCUCUGUGCAGCAACAGCUCUUGUGGUUAAAGUCUGUAGGACUGGGCCUUCUUUCGUAUUAUCACUUUGUGGUUUAAAGCUAAGAUGCAUGAGUCUGUAAUUAAGUCAAUUUACAAGAUGUUGUUUAUGCAUUUUGCAUAUCAAAAUUCUCUAGGCUAUUAAUUUUGUAUUCUUAUUUUGGAGUGUGCAUAUUUGCUCCUGCCAAAAACUUGGUUUAAGCUUCUUAACCUUAUGGCAAACUGGAUUGCUGUAUUCCACUUAGUGGAUCUGUAACUUUCUCUGCACUGACUUCCAAGCCCAAAGUGCAGCGGGCUUUGUUGUCUGGUGCUUCUUAAAUGUCUUUCCCAUCAUGGCUUUGGUUCUGUAGCCUUUUUUAUGUGGGGAUAUGCCCAGCUGCAGUAAAUACAAGUCUUGACUUCUCUAUGUUUUCCUGACACUACAUCACAUUUUUGGUCCAACUUUCUCACUUGAUCCUUCUGACUUAUUCCAGGCUUUGAUACUCUGGGCUAGAGAAGGAACUGUGGUUAUGCAAAGAUCUUCAGAAGAUCUUCUGUUAUAAUAACCUUGCGUUACUUCUUAGCUUGUGAAUUUGAUGCCAAUGACUAUAGGUUGACACUAGCCUCCUGUUUUAACUUAUGUAGAAGCUUUCUGCUAGUAUCAUAGUGUUUAGUAUUACUGCAGCUGGUUUCAAACUGUAAACUCUUUGGUACAGUUUUUGAAUUCUUGAUUUUUUUUUUUUUUUUGAUGUAACACAAGUACAGUGGUAACAAUUUAAUAGUGAUAAUGAUGGACUAUCCAUUUCUUGGUGGAACUUCACAGCAAGUCAGUGGAGUUGUGUUGAGUUUGACUUAUGUUCCCAUCUGAAAAGUUGUCAUUGUAUGACUGCUGGUUUGAGAUUAUUUUUUUUUUAAUCAAAUUAGUGUACUUCAAAGUAAUUAAAUAAAGUGGGUGAAAAAAAAUAAAAA